AUGACAGCCGCAGCUCCGCAGCAACAACAGUUUGCGCUUUUCCGUAAAUUUAGCAGUGAAGUGCGACCACCACCGAUGCUAAGACGAGAUGAUCGGAUUCGAUCGAUGACGUGUUCAUUUGAAGAGAUUGCUGAGUCGGAGGAGGAGGAGGAUAUCCAACUCCCUGAACGAACCUCACUAGAAGGACGUUCGCCUUUUGCGGUCAUUGGUGAAUCCCCUUUUGCCGAAAAACGCGCAGCCUCCCCGCAGAGCCAAAGCCCAACUUACGCGAGAAAACUCAGUGCAUCUCGACUUUGCCGUGGAUUAUCGGGUCCAGGCCUACAUCGUCGACCAGCUAUACUUGGAUCUCUAAGUCCGGAACGACAUGAUGCUGGAUCGGAUUUUUUGACCCUUCCAUCGAUCCCAGAAACAGCCUCAUCAUGA